UAAAAGUAAAGUAGCCUUCUUGAUGAUACAGAACAGACUUCCUUUCUUUUUACCCACAUUUCCACUUUAUCCAAAGAAGCACCCUAUACAAGACAGUUGGGCUAUAUUAUUCUCUCCUUUUUCUUCUCAUUUUGCUUGUCAUGGGAAAACUCUGGGUCGAAGUAUGCCUCAUUUCUGCUCGGGGGCUUCGGCGUUCUUCCUCCCUAUGGAAGCUCCAGUGGUUUGCAGUUGGCUGGAUUGAUCCAAAAAACAAGUACUGCUCGAAAAUCGAUGCCUCAGGGAAUGCAAGCCCGGUUUGGAGAACCAAGUUUGCUGUUUGCAUAGAUGUUUCAGAAUCCAACUUCAACGAUCUGGCUCUACAUGUUGAAGUUUACAGCAGAGAGCCAAUUUUCCUCAGAGAAAGACUUCAAGGGACAGCAACCAUACUCUUGAAAGAAUUCCUGGCUAAGCAUCAUGACAAGAAUUCUGAGGUUUCAAGGCCUGGAACUGAUGAAGUUGGUAGCUACCAGUUGCGCAAAAGAAACUCCAACAAACCUCAAGGAUUUGUUGAUGUUUCAAUACGUAUUUCUGAGGACAGAGAAGAGCCAUAUUCAUAUAUUGGAGGAAACGAAGGACAUAUAAAGGACGGUAAUUCUUUCACCUUGGCUAUUGGAGAUGGUUCUGCACAAGCUUUUCCAACAGAAAUUCCCUUAGCUUCAUUCUCCAGACCAGAGAAUCAAGCAAGAACCAACUCCCCUUACACACACCCAAUGCCAUUGCCUACAAACUACUCCGACCCAUCGGCAACCCAACCGAGUUACCCACCAGAAACGAGGCCGAGUUACCCAUCUGCAACCAGACCAAGUUACCCACCUGCAGCUGGACCAAGUUACCCACCAGCAGCUGGACCAAGCUACCAGCCCCCAAGAACUCCGCCACCACCUCCACCUCCACCACCUUCAAAUGCUGGUUACAUACCUACUUUUCUUCCAAGACCAGAUCGUUUGCAAGAGACUUAUAUUAACAUGCCGUCGUCAUCAACUGGGGCACCCCCAGGUCGUGGUGGAGGGCCUGGUUUUGCAAUGGGAAUGGGUGCUGGAGCUCUGGCAGCUGGUGCUGUGAUCUUUGGGGAUGAUUUCAUGUCCGGGUUUGAUGUUCCUUCUGGUUUACAGGAUCCUACUCUUGUCGUAGCAACUGACCCUCUUUUCUAACCAAGUUUGUGAAACAGCUUCUCUGUAGCUAUGUUUUUAUAGAACUAGGAAAAAUGCUCCAAAUUUGGACAAUUUCAUGCUAGUUUUUAUGUUUCAUCAGUGUCUUUUUUUAAUUAUUGUGAUGAAAGUUUACAAGAGUUUUGCUCCAUGACUGCAAAUCAGAGAUACUUAUAAUGGAAAGUUAAUGGAUGCUUAUUAUCAUCUGGUA